UGAAUUGAUUCGUGACAAGAUGCUCUGUAUUCCUUAAUCGGGCAAGGUAUUAGAGUCAUGGCUUCUGGUAUUUAUCCGCGCGCGGUGUUUGGGCCUCCGUAAACCGUAUUCGGCCAAAAAAGCGAAGGGAUAAAUAAGCUUACAUUACAUUUAUUGACUUUAAAGUAUCGGUUGAUUUGUUCUUUGUUGAAAAGCCUCUUUUUUCCCCUUCGAUUCUUUAUUCUGAAUCUUUCAUGGGGAAUUCGAGUGAUGGAGUUUAAUACGAAUGCUCAGAGGAGCUCGAGGUUGAGUCUCACAAUGCUAACGUACCUCGGGUUCGCGAUUCUCGGCCUCGUGAAUGCGAUUGUGCCCUUCAUCGUACACUCAGCAAAUUAUCUCAUCAUUCCUUAUCCGCGAUGGAUCGUUCUUCUCAUCGAGACUCUUCCAGCUCUGGUGACGAAGCUGUUAAUGCCACAUGUUCUUCACCGUGUUCCCUACUGGAUGCGUCCUCUCACUAUUGGAGCGGGUUGGAUCAUAGUGGCCAUCGUCACAAACGUCACGCCGCCUAAUAUUGCACCGCCACUUCGAAUCUUGACAUCAGUUUUGGCAUCGAUAUCCGCUGCUGCAAUGGAAGUUUCGUUUCUGGGAAUGUUACGAUAUUACGGCCGUGUUGGACUCGCGGGAUGGGGCGCUGGCGUUGGAGCUGGGGCUGUGUUUUGCGCAAUCCUACCCUUUGUCUUGACUGUUUGGCUGGAGUCCUUUUUACGGGACUUUAUUGACUGCAUUUAUGCACUUACAGGUGCCAUGCUCGUGGCUUUCUUUGUCGUCCUCCCAGGCGCACCCGUCAACUAUCCUCACGCGCAACAAGAAAUGUCAAAGGUGGAUGUCGAGGAUGCUUCUCUGCUAGCCCAGGAUCCCGUUGAGCAGCUCUCACGCAUGCUCAGCACGAGAAACCGACUCAAUCUUACUAAAGCCAUGAUUCGACCAUUCAUGAUGCCUUUGUUCGGAGCAUUUGCUAUUCAGGCCUUGGCAUACCCAGGCAUAGCUCGAGCCUUGCCUCUUCCUACGUCGUACACGUCGUUCUUCUCUUACUUCACCACCUACGGCCUUGCUUUCCAGCUCGGCAACUUUAUCUCCCGAACGCACACGCUUCUCUUCCGACCCACCAGUACCAAGGCCGCUUUUACCAUAAUCGGAGCUUCGACAUUCAUCUUGCUCGCCAACUCGACCUUUCUGAUCUUCUCAGCAGAAGUCCUUGUUGGAUUACUGGCUUUCGGGGCCGGUCUUGGCGGAGGAGCAGUCUAUAUGACUAUUUUCGACCGAGCGCUGCAAGAUAAGUCUUUCGAGUCGGAAAUCAAUUUGGAAUUUGGUCUUCAGAUAGUGGGUGUCGGCGAGACUACUGGUGUUAUUGUUGGUGGGUUGCUGGGCGUGAUGCUCGAGAGUCUGAUGUGUAGAGGCACAUUUACAACUACAAAAAGAUGGUGCCACACAAGUCACUGAUGAGAAGGAAUAAAGACGUUAGAAAUGGCCUGGAUAGUAAGAUUUAUGAUUGAAUGAACAAUUAAAUUCCAUUAGAAUUGCAUCC